GAGCGCUCGCCGUGCGGAAGCUGCAGCUUCUAGUGUCUGAGCCUCCCCCGCUUCGGGUGCGCCCCGCAUGCUUAUCCUGUCCCGGAGCUGCGCAGGCACCCAGCCCUAGCUCCACAGCCGCUGCGAGAUGCUGCGCUCCACGUCCACUGUCACCCUGCUCUCAGGCGGCAGUGCCAAGUCGCCUGGGACGCCCAGUAGAAGGGCAAAUGUCUGCAGACUGAGGCUGACCGUGCCUCCUGAGAAUCCAGUGCCACAGCAAAAAGAAAAGAAGAUUGAGAGGAAAGACCAGCCUCCAGAACUAAGCAAUGGAGAAUCUACCAAGAAGCUCCCUCAAGGUGUUGUCUAUGGUGUGGUGCGAAGAUCAGAUCCCAAUCAGCAGAAGGAAAUGGUGGUGUAUGGCUGGUCCACCAAUCAGCUGAAAGAAGAGAUGAAUUACAUCAAGGAUGUGAGGGCUACAUUGGAGAAAGUGAGGAAGCGUAUGUACGGAGAUUAUGAUGAGAUGAGACAGAAGAUCCGACAGCUCACCCAAGACCUGUCGGUCUCCCAUGCUCAGCAGGACUAUCUAGACAGUCACAUCCAAGCCCAGGCAUCGGCUCUGGAUAGCUUCAAUGCCAUGAACUCGGCAUUGGCAUUGGACUCUGUUGGCUUACAGAAAACCCUUGUGGAUGUGACUUUGGAAAACAGCAACAUCAAGGAUCAAAUCAGACAUUUGCAGCAAACCUAUGAAGCGUCCAUGGACAAGCUGCGAGAGAAGCAGAGGCAGCUGGAGGCUGCUCAAAUGGAAAACCAGCUGCUGAAGAUGAGGGUGGAGUCGUCCCAAGAAGCCAAUGCUGAGGUGAUGCGGGAGAUGACGAGAAAGCUGUACAGUCAGUAUGAAGAGAAGCUGCAGGAAGCACAGCGCAAGCACAGCGCGGAGAAGGAGGUCCUCCUGGAAGAAACCAAUAGCUUCUUGAAGGCGAUCGAAGAGGCCAAUAAAAAGAUGGAGGCAGCCGAGCUGAGCCUGGAGGAGAAAGACCAGAGGAUCGGGGAGCUGGACAGGCUGAUCGAACGCAUGGAGAAGGAACGGCAUCAACUCCAGCUCCAGCUCCUUGAGCAUGAGACAGAAAUGUCGGGGGAGAUGGCAGAUUUUGACAAGAACAGGUACCAGCAGUUGGAGGAGGCAUCAGCCAGCCUUCGAGAGAGGAUCAGACACCUGGAUGACAUGGUUCAUUGCCAGCAGAAGAAAGUCAAGCAGAUGGUUGAGGAGAUCAUGUCGCACGAGCUCUUCUCUACAUUUAGCCUCCGGCUCUUUGGAAGAUAAGGUGGUAGAGGCAGAGGUGGACGCAUCUCGCUGGGUGUGAUUAGAAGAGCACUUGUAGACUCUGCGGGGAAGAGUUGGUGUGUACCUGUGCUGAGCCCUGGAACAAACAGGGACGAUAUGCUAUCCAAAGGAAGCUUUGACCCCCGUUGGGUGCUCAUUUGUGAAAACGCUCGCAGACAGUAGCCGCUACACAUACAAACUUAAGGCACAGAUCAAAGAACUCAGAGAUCCACAGGAUAUUUCGUUUUUGAAACUUGAGUUCCUAGACAUCAAAGCAAGAACUGCACUGACAAAAGACUAUUAAAAAUAACUGAGACACUGCCAGGUGGAACAGCCCCAGAAGAUGCUCACUGAGGAGAAGGGAAGAGGCGGAGAGUGUCAGCCUCUGGGAAGGAGGCGCCCAGAGCUGGAGCACACUCCCCAAAAUGCAGAUGUGUCCUGAUGUCCUCAUAGUUUGGUUAUAUUUGUAUAUGGUAGCCCUCAUAUUUAGAGAUGGCCCUCUGGGUGUCCUUUCUGAGUGACUGUCUACGGUCAUUGUCCGUUAAUGUCUCUCUCUUCUUGUUUAAGGAAAGUUUGGUUUGUUUCUAACCCUCUGGGCAUUUUUGCCUGAAUAGACACGGUUCAAAUAACUUUAGGGAAAGUGGGAGUGUGCCCAGUGAAAAGAGAAGUACACCUCGCUAAAAUGUAUGGGAGUGAGAGAAGCAAGGUGUGCUUUGUGCCUGGUUGAUCUUCAUAGAGGCCCUUGUUAAUCACCAGCAUGGUUACUUCAUCAAAAUGUAGCAAGGGUGGCAGGGAGCUAGCGAGUGGUAUAGCAACACUGUUAGUUAAGUUAAUAGUCUCAGCCUCCGUAAGCCUGAGUGGGGGAGUGGGUAUCCCUCUGGCCUUGGCAUUUCUACAAGUCUUUUGUUUUGUUUUUUCUUUAUAGGAAAGGGUGUUUGUUGAGUGGACACUGUCUCAUUAGUGUUUGCCCUUGCCUUUUUAUAUCUGUCUUCGUAUCAACUCCAGCUUGGGGGGUGGGGGUGGGGCAGGAAGGAAGCAGAGGAGACAGUUCCAUACCUGAAAAGGGAUCUUGGUGACAUGAAGUUGGCUGUGGCCCAUUUAAAGCUGGACCCCACGUGUUCUGUAGGGGUUUGUGGAGUGCUGAAAUCAGAGUGGAAAAUUACGAAUCCCCUCGUGAUUCUUACCUGUGCUCCCUCUCCGGCAUCUCUUCUGGAACAAAUCAUCACCCAGUUUCAGAAGGUGAAGUCACAGAACUUCAAGGAGUAGCCUUGAACUCUAGAGAAGGUGGACUUUGGGUGAAUCUCUCUCCUGCUGUGGUGUACUCAUAUCUGUCUGAAGUUUCUCCUCUCGUGGGCUGUGGUCAGUUCCUGGCUUCUGUGGAUCGAAUGGGGAGUUGCCCAGAGUGUAAACACUCUCCACAUGUUUCCUGAAUGCUGCUCUCUCCUCCUGUCCUGACCCUGGUUGUAUGCUAAGUGGUGAUCUUCUUAGAUCUGGUUCUUUUGCUUCUCAAGGGCUUGCCUCAACAUACAAUCCUGAAUCUUAGCGCUCUCUCUCUUCUGACCUAGGUUAUCAUGGUGUCGACUUGACUGAACUUGCUACCAAACUGGACUUGUGUUCAAGUCCUUUGUCACUCUGUCUCCCUUUUCCGUCCCCUGGCUCUUAUUUGGACCCUUUGCCUGGACUUCUGAGGCUGUUUCUUGUCUUUUGGCCACUCUCCACCUCAUCUAAAGGAGAAACUUGAAGCAGGAUUUAUUUAUAGCCAGUGGACAUGUUAUUGUUUCAAAAUCUAGUAGUUCACACAGUACAGUCACUUCUUCAUUUUAAAAUCUUAAUACUUGGGGUUGGGGAUUUAGCUCAGUGGUAGAGCGCUUGCCUGGGUUCGGUCCUCAGCUCCAAAAAAUAAAAAAUCUUAAUACUUCAUGUAAAACAUGAAGUUCUUAGAAGUAUCACAAAGAACACAGUUGGCAAGCCUUUCUUCUCUAUAUAUUCUAGAAAAACAAAACGAAAUCACAAGAACAGACAGGACAUAUGUAGUCAGUGCACUUAGUGUGCAAUCUUUGUCAGCCUGGUGACUGUUCACUGUGGAUUGAGAGACGCAAUGGUGUCCUCAGCUGGCUGGCCAGGCUUCUGUGAGCUCAUGUCCUUCACUGAGUUUUAAAAUCAAUUAGCUCCCUCCCCCAUGUCCCCGAUAAGAGUUUGUACAAACUCUCUGUAUUUUGGCACGGAUCAUUUAUUGAAAAACACUUGAGUGAUGUUAUUAUCUGCCAGUCAGUGGGAUUUGUUUGUGGCAUCUCUUACACAGAGUGUUUCUAUGGUUACAGUUAUCAAAUUUCCACAACGUUGUAUGUAUUGUUUGUCGUUUCUGUAAUAGUUUUAAAGUUGUGUUUGUCAUCUCUAUCCUUCAUUGGAACCCAUGUGUCCAUCCCCUCCCCCUUUCCAUUCUUUGUUUUGGUCCACAGUGCUUAUACCAUAUUCGGUGUGUUUUGCCUUCGUUCCUCUGUGGUCAUUCUUCUGUUUUGUCUGUGUCUUUCUCCCUCUUGUAGAAUGGAAGCUCUUCGAGGGCAGGGUCUUUGGCCUGUUUCAUUCAUGACUGUAUUCCUAAUGUCUAGAAUGGUCACUGGUAUCCAGUAGGUGCUCAAUAAAUACUAUUUUUGGACAAAUAAA